AUGGCCGGCGGAAAUGACACGGUCGUGACUGAGUUCUUCCUUGUUGCCUUCACCGAGCAUCCGGAGUGGAGGCUUCCUCUCUUCGUGGUCUUUCUGAGUUUCUACCUUUUCACUCUGCUGGGGAACACGGGGAUGAUGGUCCUGAUCCGCAAAGAUCGCCGGUUCCACACCCCGAUGUACUUCUUCCUCAGCCACCUGUCUUUUGUGGACAUUUGCUACUCCUCUGUUAUUGUCCCUCAGUUGCUGGUGGUGCUGCUGGAACAUGGGGUUCUCAUCUCGGAAGCUCGCUGUGCAGCGCAGUUCUUCCUCUUCACCUUCUUUGCCUCCAUUGACUGUUACCUCUUGGCCAUCAUGGCCUAUGACCGCUAUGUGGCCGUGUGCCAACCCCUGCUUUAUGCCACCAUCAUGACCGAGAAGGACCGUUCAGUCCUUGUGGCCGGUGCUUACGGGGCUGGUUUCUCCAGUGCCUUUAUUCGAACAGUCACAGCCUUCACACUUUCCUUCUGCGGAAACAAUGAGAUCAACUUCAUAUUCUGCGACCUGCCACCCCUGCUGAAGCUCACAUGUGGAGACAGUUACACCCAGGAGCUGGUGAUUAUUGUGUUUGCCAUUUUUGUCAUGCCUCUUUGCAUAUUGGUGAUCUUGGUGUCAUACUUGCUAAUUAUCGUGUCCAUCAUGCAGAUCCGAUCCCCUGGGGGCCGGACCAAGACCUUUUCUACCUGUGCUUCCCACCUCACUGCUGUUGCUCUCUUCUUCGGCACCCUCAUCUUCAUGUACCUGCGGGAUAACUCAGGACAGUCCUCAGAGGGAGACCGCAUGGUGUCCGUGCUCUAUACAGUGGUGACCCCCAUGUUGAAUCCCCUCAUCUACAGUCUUCGGAAUAAGGAGGUAAAGGAGGCUCUUCUGAAAGCUCUGAACAAGUCAAAAGCUUCUGGAAAGCCCUAG